AUGACAGAAAUCUCCAAAAUCGACCACAUCAAUGGCUUGAUAUUUGUGGCAGUGACCAAUAAGGUGUUGGUAUUCAAACCGGUCAAUGAGUACAUGAAGAUCCCUAAGUGGACGCAAUGUUUGGUGUUAGAAUUGGACGGCCGAGAUGACUUGGCCAAUUGCAUUAGUUGGGCUCCUUUUGAAGAUGAGUUGAUCAUUGGUAGCACUAAGGCCCUUCAUUUGUAUCAUAUAUAUAAUGAAUUCGGUCAAUGGAUAGCCACCAAACGAUGGCAUAUGGACCAACCAUUGCCAGUCUACCAAAUCAAGAUCACCACGACUUCGUCUAGAAUAGUGGUUUCUAGUGGCGCAUAUGAUCGUUUCAUCAAGGUAUGGUCUCGAAUAAAAUAUGGGGAUGAUAACACCCUUUUUGGACUCUCGUACAUUACUUUACCCAGGGGUAAAUUUGUUAUCGACUUACAAUGGAGACUUAUUUCGUUGGCUGAAUAUGCUAGUACUUCUUCAAAGGACGAAUUGGAUGGAAGCAUGGCCAAUAUAAAGAAUAUAAGAGGCUACAUUCACACUACUUCAACAGAUAACAAUGAUGUGCUUUAUGUCUUUACUAACGACCGAACUUUAAGUGCUUAUGGUACUUAUGAAUAUAAUGGGCAUGGUCAUAUUAAAGAGCUCUCAAGCUUAGAUUUAAAUUCUGCAUUCGAUGAUCCUAAUGCCGUGGCCGUAUCGUAUUUGAUUGUGGACAAUGGUGCCAUUUCUUGUGCUUUUCUUAGUAGUUUUGGCUUAUACAUUGACGAAUUUGAAAAUAAAGAUCUCAUCUUUGUUUGCAAUCUGGAAGGUAAAAUGGCUGCUUAUCUAAUUGGAAUUAACCCCUUGAGCUUAGUGUUCCAAAGGGUUCCUCAAUUGGAUUUCAAUUUCACUCUUGAAUGUUUCCCAGAUUUUGAUAGCGGUGUACUUUGUGAACAACUGGAAGAAGUCCAGCUAAGUCCAAUUAUAUUCCCCAGAAUCGUUUCUGUUGGUAAGGAGAAUCAGCUUGUAUUAUUGUUGUUUGACCGAAUCAAAAAUAGCAUACGAUUCCAAAUCGUUUAUGUGGUCACUAACAAUGCAGAUAGAACCACUAAAGUGGUUUCCAAAUUAUACGAUAAACUACAGGGCCAUACCAAGUCCAUAAGGAAGCUUUUUUCUUCCAAUAGUUCUGAUCCUUUGAGGAGUGUUUUGCUCUCGAUACUGAACUUCCCGGAGUUCAAUUAUAUUUGGGAGCCAUUGAUAUUGGAUCCUGUUGACGGUCAAAUGACCAUUUCAAAGUCAUUUACUUUGAGUGUAACUCGUGAUGAUAGUGAUGGUGACACUGAUGCUUGUGGGAUAUUCAAAGCUGCUUUAUUAAACGAUAUUUCACCUCCAAAUGGUCGAUAUAGACAUCAUUUGGUGGUGUUGGCGGAGAAAGGAGGGUACAUUAGUUUGUGGAACUGUGAAGGUGGUAAAAGCAGUAAAGAUUGUGCUGAAUUGAUUCAACGGUUACCUAUUUUGGCUACUGAUUUAUCUAAUAAAAUCUUGGAUGAACCUAAAGCUUUCAUAUUAACUUCUAUGCCUGAUGAUCCAAAGACCUAUUUUGUCAUAUCAAUAUUUGAAAAUAACUUGAUCCGUGGUUGGUUGUUAAAGAUUAACAGCAAUAAGAUAACUUUAAAUAAUACGGAGCUGCCUGAUGCUUAUUUGUCACCGAUAAAAGUUGAUAAUUUACCUCAGACUGAAAGGAUAAGACAAAUUGCGGUUAUUGAUUCCAUUGUUACGGAGGAUAGAAAGGAUGUUGUUUCUGUUAUAGAUUCAAAGGGUAAGCUUACGGUUUUCUCUUUGGAUUGGAAUGAUACCUUUAAAACUGCCUCGUGGAUGCCUUCAACUCUGGUUCACACUAACAUCAGCAAUGCUAGUUUUAUUCAUGGGUCCUCAAUGAUUAACAAAUUCGCUAUUGUUGAUGAAAGUGGUUGUAAGUUAACUAUUUGGGAUACAAAGUCUCGACUCUUGGAAUAUGAAGAAGAAUUCCCCCCCUCAAAACGUGGUCAGAUCAAAGACAUUGAUUGGACGUUCCUGAAAGCUGGCAAGUAUUCUACUUCCAAUGCUUUGCUUUCGGUAGGGUUUGAAAGAUGUGUUCUUUUGUAUUGUCAAUUGCGGUAUGACUAUACCAAUAAUUACCCGAGCUUUGCGAUGAUCAAAAAAAUAGACAUUUCCAGCUACACUCUGCACGAGAUUGGUGACUCCAUCUGGUUAAGUGAUGCUCAUCUAGUCAUUGGAAGUGGUAACCAGUUUUUCAUCGAUGAUAAAUGGGUUAAAUUAGGUAGCACUCAUCUUGAUUUGAUCAUUAGAGAAUUAAUGGUAGGAUACACGGAAGGUGAGCAUCAUUAUGGAAAGACUGCUAAGGAAAAAAAGGAAUUGGUAUAUGGAGUUGAUUAUUUAUCCAAUGUUCUCAAUGGACCUCUUCCUAUUUAUCAUCCUCAGUUUUUAAUCCAAAGUUUGUUCUUGAACCAAGAGUUAUUUGUCAAGAACAUUUUAGUUAGGUUAUUCAAUUGUUUAAGACGUGGAACGGAACUAACCUGGGAUUUGGGUAUAAAUGUUUAUGAUGAACUUUUAUAUGGGAAACAUAUAUCAGCAGUUCAAACAGCUUCAUCGAGUGUGUCUGACUUUUCACAGUUAGAUGUCUUUCAAGAUUACAACCAAGAAUUAAGCAAUUUGUUGGUUUCAAACUUGAUGAAGGUCACUGUUCCCUUGCUCACCAGACAUCAACAGAUUACGCUUAUUUCUUUGAUUGGAAUCAUUGACGAAAUAGAUAAGUUUGCUUUAUCUCUUGAUGAGAACGGAAUGAGAUUCCUAAUUGGGUACAAGUUAUUCCAAAAGUCUUCCAAGCAAUCCGAAGUCACCAUGAGAGACAUUAAUUGGGCAUUGCAUAGUGAUUCCAAGGAAGUACUUGAAGGAAUUAUUGUUAAUGAUUUCAAAAGUCGUAUGAAAUGGGAGAACAUUAAACAAGUGGGUUUCGCUUAUUGGCUCCAUCCUCGUCAAUUGGUGAAAAUUAUAGAGCAAUGUGCACGUACUGAGUUCAAUGAAGAAAGAGACCCGAGUGGUAAAGUUUCUUUGCUCUAUUUGGCAAUUAGAAAGAAACAAAUCUUACUUGGCUUAUGGAGAACUGUACCUCAUUCAGAACAGGCUAAGAUGCUUAAGUUCUUGAAAAACAAUUUCAAUGAGCCUCGAUGGAAACUGGCGGCGUUGAAGAAUGCCUUUGUCCUUCUUUCAAAACACAGAUAUCUCGAUGCUGCCUAUUUCUUUUUGUUGGCUGAUUCAGUGAAGGAUUGUUGUGUGACAAUUGCGAAUAAAAUGGACGAUAUUCAAUUAGCAUUGGCUGUUGCCAAAGUAUACGACUUUACAAAGCCUCCAACUGAAGACAAAUCAAAGCAUUGUGUUCAAAGCAUCAUUGAAAAUUAUAUUAUAGCCAAAGCUGUUCAAGAUGGAGAUCGGUGGACUACAUCGUGGGUAUUCUGGGAGUUAGACUAUCGCAACUUGGCUAUUCAGGCUUUGAUAAAGACCCCCUAUAGGGUAGUACGAGAUAAUUGGAACAUUUUCAGUCAACUUUGUAUUAAGAACUAUUUGAACGGUAUAGUUGUGGCUACUGCCUCAAAGAUCUAUUUCAAAGAUGACCCUGCAUUGGUGAUAUUGUAUGGACAACUACGGAAUAGAGAGCAUAAAGAUGAAAUAAAUGAACUAGAUGUUUUGAACAAGGCAUGUUUGCUUUAUACUCGAAUGGGAUGUGACUAUUUAACCAUUUGGUUGGCCAACAAUUGGAAAUUUAUUCAUGAAGAACAAGGUUCCCAAAAUAAUAAGAAUGGGUCUUCUUCUACUGCUGUUGCACCUACUAUAGUAUCUGCACCUAGAACAUUGAUAAGGAGAGGAUCAGUAUUGGCUACUCCUGACCUUUCCAAUAGAUCUGCACCUCCUCCAGUGGCAUUUGAAGAGCCAGAUAUGAGUGCUUUUGGGUUCUAG